AUGAACAAGAGCCUUGAUGAAGUAGAAGAAAUAAUAGAGAAUGUGGCACAGAACCACCAUCAGUGGGCAUUUGAAAGAUCAGGUGGUGCGUUCUUAGGACAUCAGACGAAGGCAUCAGGGAAAUUCGAGGUGGAUGGAUUUACGCUCAUGUCUGCAAAGCUGGACGCCCUGACUAAGAAAUUUGAAGCAAUGGGGAGCAACACAACUAAUGACACUUGCCCCCUUGGGUCAAUGCAAGCACAGAUAAACCAACUUGAGCAGUGCGAUGCAAUAACUGGCUACAAUCAGAGGCAAAAUAAUCCGUACUCCAAUACCGACAACCCUGGAUGGAGGAAUCAUCCCAAUUUCUCAUACAGGAAUAAUCAGGAUCAAGGACCAGCACAUCAGAAUUAUCAGCCUGGGCAACAACCACCUUCACAACUAUCUAGGAUUGAAAAGAUGCUUGAGGAAGCCCUCUCAGAGCAAAAGGAGAUGAAAAGUGAGAUCAAACAACUGACCCAGAGGCUAGAAAACUCUGAGAAGCAUCAAAAGAUGCAAGACAGCCAAAUAGCCCAGAUAGCUCAGUCCAUCUCAAGAACACAGUGUACAUUUCCCGGUAAACCAGAUUUAAAUCCGGUAGAACAUUGCAAUUGCAUUGAGCUGAGGAGCAGACGUACCAAUCUGAAGAUCCCUUUUCCUCAGAAGCUUAUAGCAUCCCAAAGAGAUGAAGAGUUCAACCGUUUCUUAAAGAAGAUCAAAGAAAUCUGCAUAGAAGUACCACUGAUAGAUGCGUUGCACCAAAUGCCGAAAUUCGCCAAAUUUUUAAAGGGAAUUUUAUCUAACAGAAGACAGAAGGGCGACUUCGAGACUGUAGCACUAACAGAGAAUUGCAGCACCCUCCAUAUGGCGAAUCCUCCCCCUAAACUUCAAGAUCCAGGAAGUUUCUCCAUACCGUGCAAAAUUGGUUUUGAACUCAUACCGAGAGCUUUCUGUGACUUGGGAGCCAGUGUCAGCCUACUCCCGUACUCCUUAUGCAAGAAGUUGGGGUUCCAGAACAUUAAAUUGACCACGAUGACACUGCAACUAGCUGACCAUUUAUGCAGAUACCCAAUGGGAAUAGUGGAAGAUGUGCCAGUUGAAGUGGGUAGAUGUAUAGUUCCUACAGAUUUUAUUAUCUUGGACAUGGAGGAAGAUCCCAAAAUACCGAUCAUCCUUGGAAGACCAUUCCUUGCCACGGCUGGAGCCAUCAUCGAUGUGAAAAUCCAUAAGCUAUCCCUGGAGAUCGACAAGGAAAAGAUUGAAUUUGAUCUGUCCAAUUCUUCCAUCUGCAACCCCUCCUCUCAGGGAAAUUCUCACAAAUCAGCACACAUAGGGAAGGAGAGUGCAGUUUCCAUGAGAGUUCCCCUCCAGCAAGCAGCAAGAAAUACAUCUGUCCUGCAUGAGAAAAACUGA